AUGUCUGACACUCAAAUUUAUUCAGCAACAUAUUCAAAUGUCCCCGUGUUUGAGUUUGUUACUCUGGAAGGGCCAAUAAUGAGACGCAAGAAGGACUCUUGGAUAAAUGCCACACAUAUUUUGAAGAUUGCCAAGUUUCCAAAGGCUAAACGGACGAGGAUUUUAGAAAAGGAUGUUCAAACAGGGAUUCAUGAAAAGGUUCAAGGUGGGUACGGAAAGUAUCAGGGGACUUAUGUUCCGCUUGAUUUAGGAGCAGCAAUUGCCAAAAACUUUGGUGUUUAUGACGUUCUAAAACCCAUUUUCGAGUUUCAAUAUAUUGAAGGACAGACUGAAGUACCUCCACCUGCUCCAAAACAUAAUCAUGCAUCUGCUUUGAAUGUAGCCAAGCGACAAGCACUGUUGUUGAAAAAGCAAAAGGAAAAGCAAGUGCAAUCAACUUUGUCUGAUACUAGUUUUGGCAGCGUAUCUGUGCCACCUUCCACGGUGCCCAAAAAACGAGGUAGACCAAAACGUGCCACAUUAAGUGCAACACCAUCCUUGCAGCAUUCAGACACAACUCCUAUAAAUAAAAGUCUAAUUGACUUUAAUUCAAAUGAUAACAGUGCCAAGAACUCAUUUAUAAACGGGAUACCUUCACUUACGAGAAACGAUACAGAACAAGAUGCAUUACAGAUAAUGACCAACAAUAUGAAUCUUCGACAGGAGGAUUUGGCUUCUGUAGAAACGGACGAUGACGAAGAGUAUCACAAUGGUAGUAGAGGCGAUGGUUUCCAAAACAGUUCUUUUACAACAAAAAGGAGAAAGUAUCCUGGCGGAAUAACUAAUGGAAAUGGAUUAGAGUCACAGGCAGAUCUCUUGACAUCAAAGGAAUUAUUUGGAGUUUCAAGAACAUCUUUUGAAAAACGGGCCAAUCAGCAACACAACCAAUAUCUGCCGUUGCAACCGUAUCAUCAACCAAGUAUAUCUUUAUCCCAGGAAAAUCAGAUAUAUUCAGAUUAUUUUCAGAGCCUAUUGACAUAUUUUCUUGAUGACAAUAAUAAAAUACGAUCUCUGAUACCAGAUUCAUUACUCAGUCCUCCACUACCUUUAUCUAAAAUCCAUAUAAAUCAAGCAAUUGACAAUGAUGGGAAUACGAUUUUCCACUGGGCAUGUUCUAUGGGGAAUUUGAACAUGGUUGAGUUUUUGUUAAAAACAUUUACCCAUUCCUUAAAUCCAGAUGUAAGAAAUAAUAAUGGCGAGACACCAUUAAUGUUUAUGGUCAAAUUCAACAAUUCUUUCCAAUUGCAGAACUUCCCACUAAUUCUAGAGUUAUUGAAAGAAUCAAUAUUCUUGGUGGAUUCUAAUAACAAAACCGUUUUGCAUCAUAUAGUGGACACAGAUAGCAAGCACAAGCGGGAAAAAUUUGCUCAGUAUUAUAUAGAAUCAUUAUUGGAAAAGACUGUUGAUGAGCAUCACGAACAGGGAGAGUCCAAUGGACACCAAGUGGAAGAUUACUCAUCACGAGAGGAGCUUAUCACAAAGUUUAUCAAUCACCAAGAUUCAGAUGGUAACACUGCAUUUCAUAUUGCUGCCCACAACUUGAACAAAAAGUGUAUUAAAAUAUUUAUCAAUUACCACCGAUUUAUUAAUUUUGGUUUAAGAAACUUGGUAUCUUGUACUGUUGAAGACUAUUUGGCAUCGCAUAAUUACGUACUCAGAUUGGAUCCUGUGGAACAUGAUCAAAAUAACAUUUUAGAUAACAAUAGUGAUGUUGAUGAAGACAUUAUGGAGGAUUACACAAACGAAAAUCAAUCAUUUGAGACACAACUUCAUAAUUCCAAAAUGGCUAUCAAUUUGCAAAAUACCACUGCCAACAUCCUUACAGAAAAAAUGACGCAAUUGGCUUAUGCCAUUGAUUCUGAGUUGAGCGAAAAAGACGAAGCCAUAUUAACGUAUUUCAAAGUGUUAAGCCAAAUUAAUCAAAUCAAACUUGAAUCACAAAGAAAGAUAUUGUCGUUUUUUAAAUUAGAUCAUUUGAUUGAAGAGUUGGAACAAGAUAGAGAUAAUAGUCAGCAAUCAACAGAUGAUGAUCCUGCUUCACGCCAUAAUAAUGAUUUAUAUCUUGAUUUUAAACGUGAUCAUAUUCUCCAAGAAGAAAUAUAUCGAUUAAUGAAUGACUUAACAUAUCAGGAAUUGCAUCAACGGGAUGAAUUAGAUAAAGUUGAACAUAGUUAUCGAAUGACAAAGGAAAGGUUACAUGAAAAAGUGUUGGAUGCUGCAUCUUUUGCAAUUGAGCAGAACCACCAACAAAGCAAUGUGCAUGAACAAUUAGAGCUAGCCAAAGAACUACAAGAGGAAAUAAUCAAAAGGAAGAAACUUAUGGAUGAGAUUUUCAAACUAACCAAAAACGUCCCCUUGCCGGAAAAUCCAAAUUCCAAAACCAUCAUUAAUAGACAUUCAACAACUGAUAAAUUAUAUAAAUAUUGCAAAUUAAUUUCACUAAGCUGUGGAAUUCCCAUGGAUGAAAUUGAAACUUCGAUUGAUGCUGUGGAAGAAUCAUUAGUCAAAAAUAAAUGA